AUGAUAUUGCGGUGUGGCUUGCUUAUAUUAUUUCUAAGUUUUGUUACGACAUCUGAAAAUGCUUAUAAAAAUGGUAGACUGAAGAGAAGUGAUCCAGAGUUCAGUAUAUAUUCUUUAUGGCCUACGGUUCAUAGUGGUGCACGCUUGAUGAAUAUUCGGAAACGAGAAACGCAAGGACAAGUGGGAGAGAACGAAGGUGGUGGGACUAAUAUCAAACUUUCACACCCAUCACCUGAAUUAACACCACUGUCAGAAAACACUAAUGGCAAACAAAUUGGUAAUAUUAGUAACAGCACAAAUAAGAUUCUUCAAGAAGAUAGUUCUAAAGCAAAUGCUAAUCAAACUACAAACGAGUUACAUAAAGAAAUAAUACCACCAGCUGUACCACCAAUUUCAGUAAAUGGCGUUGAAGCUAAAAACAAUGAAACUACUGUCAAAGCAAGCCCUAGCCCAUUAGACAUCAAUAAUCCUGGAGUUUUAAAGAGAGGUCUUAUAGUUUUUGGUGGUUUUGCGCUAAUGGCUGUAGCAUAUUUUAUAUUUUACAGAUGGAACCAUAAGAAAACCGAUGCCAAUAACUUGCAUGGAAAUAGUGAAACAAAUCAAUUCAGAUAUGGCGUACUCCAAUCGGACGACAGAAGAGAUAAUAUGGAACUUUCUAGAAUACCACUGACUAUGGAGUCAGAUGAUGAUGACGAUGAAGACUUGGAAAUAUUUGACUUGGGCCAAAAAAAGAAAUCUUUGUCAUAUGUAAACUUGCAAUCGCAUGAAGAUGAGGCUGUCAAUAAUUCAAUUGAUAUUGACAAAGAUAGAGAUCUUCUAUUGGAUAUAGAAGACGCAUCAUCAGACACAUUAAUAAACUGGUCAAAUAAUGGUAACAAAUCUAUAUUAUAA